AUGAAUGCCCCCGGCCAUUUGGCCCCCGGCCUAUGGAAGCACCCUCGAAACCAAACAGACCAGUACAAGAAGCUUUCAUUUUGGACAAAUCUCGCGCAACUGCUGGACAAAGCAAAUUUCCAUGCCAUGUUCAUCGCCGACACACUUGGUCCAUACGAUGUUUACAAAGGUCCGGCCAAUGUAGUCCCAUCACUCGCCUCGGGCGCACAAUUCCCCGUCAAUGACCCGCUAUAUCUGGUACCUGCCCUGGCUGCAGUAACCAAGAAUCUAAUUUUCGGCGUCACUGCAAGCGUGACUUACGAAAAGCCUUAUUCGCUCGCUCGCCGCUUGUCGACAGUUGACCACCUCAGUGAUGGGCGCUUGGCGUGGAAUAUCGUCACGUCGUAUUUGGACAGCGCUGCAAGAAAUCACGGUUUGACGGAGCAAAUUCCGCACGAUGAGCGAUACGCUAUUGCACAUGAAUACUUAGAGGUUCUGUAUAAACUUUGGGAAGGCAGCUUUCGGGACGGUGCUGUUGUCGCUGAUCGCGAGGCUGGGACCUAUAUCGUAAGUAAUGGUGUCCGACAAAUCAACCACAAGGGCAAAUAUUUUGAUGUUCCGGGACCUCAUUUUUGCGAGCCAUCUCCCCAGCGGACUCCAUUUCUCUUCCAGGCUGGGGUUUCGGAGGCCGGGAAUGGGUUUGGGGGUAAGCAUGGAGAAGCUAUCUUCAUCGGGGGCCAGACACCCGAAGGGACGCGCUUGACCGUGGAUAACAUUCGCAGAAUUGCCGAAGAAGAGGGUCGCGAUCCAAAUCAUAUCAAAGUUCUUGUUGGCAUCAAUGUGAUUGUCGCGGCGACAGAUGAGGAAGCCAAGGCAAAGAGAGAGGAUUAUCUUCGAUAUGCAGAUGAUGAGGGCGCUCUGGCCUUAUUUGGCGGAUGGACAGGUAUUGAUUUAUCAACCUACUCCGAUGACGAAGAUUUCCGAUUUAGCGACUCUCCACGAGUGCAAUCUGUGGUGCGGAGAUUUUCUUCCACCGUUCCAGGUACCGAGAAUCUCCCAUGGACAAAGCGAAGGAUCGUUGAGUAUAUCAGCGUUGGUGGCCUUCAGGCUAAGGUAGUCGGUGGCCCUAUCACCGUUGCAGAUGAACUGGAGAGGUGGAUUAAGAUUGCUGGAGUGGAUGGAUUCAAUCUGGCGCAUAUCACAAACCCGGGAUCUUUUGAGGAUAUUAUCGAAUUUCUCCUUCCUGAGCUCAGACGCAGAGGAAUUUUCCGUGCAGAAGUUGAGAAGGAGGGUGCGACUGCAAGGGAUGUCUUCAUUGGAUCUGACCGAUUGCCGGAAGAUCACCCGGGAAGCAAGUACAAAUGGCGUGCCGGGGAAGAGGUUCCUCAGUAUCAACUUUCCAGUAAUACUGAAACUUCGCCAUGA